AUGUUGUUCUAUCAACCCUUCCUCCUUGCCGCACUGGUCGCAACCACGUUCGCAGCACCCCUGCAUUCAACCCGCUCUCUGAAUGAUGAUUCCACCCGGUCCGAAUUAACGGAACGGGCUGUCGUCACAUCCGAAACAGCAUCAAACAGCCUCAAUGGCAACAUUCCCCGGUAUUCCGUCCCUCGCGACUUGGCUGAAGAAGACGAACUGGCCCUGUUCGAUGCACGGGAUUUCACUGAUGAGGACGCCAUUGAAUGGAAUGUCGCUGCCCGUGACGUUGAUGUCGAGGAGCAUGAGCUUGUCGAGCGGAGCAAGGGGGUGGGACAUGCCCUCGGUCUUCGCUCCCUCGAUGAAGAGGAGGGUGAGGGUUGGACAAUCGCAGCCCGCGACCUGAACUUCGCCGACGAAGACGAGGAACUGGCCGAGCGGAGCAGGGUCAGAGAAAGAAUCAAACAUUUCUUCCAGAAAGUCGGGCACGUCAUUGGUCUGUAG